AUGUUACUUAAGAGAAAUGAGAAUGUAAAAACGAUAAAUAAGUAUAGUUGGAAACCAUCAACUAAAUAUUUUGAUUAUCAGUCUACAACACCUAUGGAUAGUAGAGUUAUAGAAGCAAUGUUACCAUACAUGACUGAAGUGUUUGGUAAUCCACAUAGUAGAACACAUUCGAUGGGAUGGAAUGCAGAAAAAGCAAUGAAUGAUAGCCGUAAAAAAGUAGCAGAAGUAAUAAAUGCAGAUUCAUCAGAAAUAAUUUUUACUAGCGGAGCAACAGAAGCAGAUAAUCUUGCACUAAAGGGAUUCUCAGAGUACUAUAAUUAUGAUCUUCAUAUAAUAACAGCACAGACAGAACAUAAAGCAAUAUUAGAGGCAUGUCGAUACCUGGAAGAUAAGGGUGUUAAAAUAACUUAUUUACCAGUUGAUGAAAAAGGACACGUUUGUAUUAAAAAGUUAAGAAGUGCAAUAACACCAAAAACAAAACUAAUAUCAAUAAUGGCAGUUAAUAAUGAGAUAGGAGUAGAGAAUAAUUUAGAUGAGAUAGGAAACGUAUGUAGAGAGAAGAAUAUUGUGUUUCAUACUGAUGCAGCACAAGCUUAUUCAAAGAUUCCAAUUGAUGUAAAAAAGUCUAAUAUUGGAAUGUUAAGUAUAUCAGGACAUAAGAUAUACGGACCCAAAGGAAUAGGAGCUUUAUAUGUCAGGAGGAACCCAAGAGUACGUUUAGUUAAACAACUGCAUGGAGGAGACCAAGAGAGGGGUAUUCGUUCAGGAACAGUUCCUGUAUUUUUAGCAGUCGGAUUGGCUAAGGCAGCUGAAAUAUCAAAUAGUAAUCAGAAAGAAGAGACAAAGAAACUUAAACAUUUGAAUGCUAAGUUUAUAGAAACACUCACUAAUGAAAUGGGGAAUGAAUUUAUAAUAAAUGGAAAGAAUACAUUUCCUGGGUGUCUUAAUAUUUCAUUUCCAUAUGUGGAAGGAGAAGGUUUAUUAAUGAAACUUAAAGAUUAUGCAUUGAGUAGUGGUAGUGCUUGUACAUCAGCAUCAUUAGAACCUUCUUAUGUAUUGAGAGCUUUAGGAAGAUCAGAUGAUUUAGCACACUCUUCUAUUAGAUUUGGUUUUGGAAGAUUUUCUACAGAAACAGACGUUAUUAAUUUAGCAAAGAAAACUGCAUCAGCUGUUAAUAAUUUAAGAGAAAUGUCUCCUCUUUAUGAAAUGGCAAAGUCGGGAAUUGAUCUUAGUUCAAUCAAAUGGACUGCUUAA